UAGAGUGUAGAUAUAAAUGACAUAUGGGUAUUCAUAAUAUACAAAUAAUUUAUUCAAUUAAAUACAUACACAAAUAUGUACAUACUUUACAUUUUAAGCUCAGAAACAUUUAUUUAUCACAAUAAGGGACUAACAUUUACAUUUAAAAUAUUCACAAGAACAGGAUUAACUUUUCAAUAAAAGGGCAUUUUGCUGUUUAAUUUUCUUAAUCCUAUAACUGCAAUAAAUUUUCAGUAGCAUACUAAAGAACACAAGAAACAGACCUACUCCACCCAAAAUAUUUACGUUAUGGUGGUAAAUUAUGCAACUUAAAAGAACUGAGAAACAUUGUCGAAUUGUACUUAUAAUAACAAAAACUAAUGGACCAAAUGUUUCGAUGGUAUUAAAAAUAAACAUUUGGCCGGAGGCAGAGCAUAUUGAUAGUACAGUAAUGUCUACAAUAAAUUGAGGAUAAGAGAACAUAAAUCUAAUUGAGUUGAGUAAACCUCCAUGUUGUAAUAAUGAGACUAAAGUAAAAAUAAAUGAAAAGAAGUUGACAAAACACAUCAUUUGAAUGGGUUUCAUUUCGUAAGUAUUGAAUAGUUUGCCUUGCCAAUUGGAAGUGAAACUAUCAAAAACUAUAUAGGAGCAUAAAAGUAUUACACCACUAAAAGUGGUUACAUUAUUAUUAUUAGAUCUAUCAUUACCAGUAUCUAACAUAAAAAACAACAUUCCAAUGGAUAAAAUAAAUGCUGUUAAAUAUUCGUAAAAUUCAUAUUUUGUUUUUGAGACUAUUUUUCCCAUUAUCAUUACUGGAAUAGUUUUGCUGGCCUUAGCGAGCACUUGAUGUGGAAACGAUACAUAUUUUAAUGCUUCAUAUUGACACCAAGAGCUCAUUAUAUUAGAAAAUGAACAGAAAACAUAUUUAUACAAUGGACAUUUAUGUCUAGGUUGUCUACUACAAAAUAUUACUAAAGCUGACAUAGCAAAUGCUAAUACCCUAUUAACAAAUACUAAAAAUUGAGAAUCCUUAAAAUAAUCCACUUCUCCUUCAGAAGAUACAUAUUUUUGUGUCAUAACUUUUUCCUGUAAUACACCCCAGGACAAGUAUGAUAUUUGUAGACCAAGAAAAUAAAAUAAUAACAAAAAUCCAUUUUCUGUUGGGGACCUGCUUGCUUUGGAAUCGUGGAUCACGUUUGAUGUUACUAACAACUCUUCUUCACCGAAACAAGUCCUUAUAACUGCACCUAAAGGUCCUCGGCCACUAAUAUUUAAAUAGUUUGUUGUCUUCACAUAUUUAUAGAUCAAAUAGCCAGGCAGAAACACAGUCGAAUAGCCCAAGAUGUUGCGUAUUCCAUGAAAAACCCACGCCGAACUCUCUGGAGGAUUUUGCACAAUGUCCAAACUUAAAAACAGCACAUUAAUAAUGUAUAAUAAUAAUGUCGAUAUUAGUAUUAUGGAACAAAUUGCCAGUUCUAUGUGGCGAGCCAUCCUGGCCUACUUGCACAAAUAGUCAUCAACUUUUUAUCAACAUUUCACUGUAAUUGCUUGAGCUAAUGAACAUCAUUGUUUUAAGAUAAAAAGUAUUUACAUUUUUAUUAGUUUUGUUUGAUUGUUGAUUACAAUUUUAUUACUUUUUUUAGGUUGAUGAUGUGCUUGUGCUUAAAAAUACCAACCAGUCGUGUUUUUCAUUAUGAUGAACUCGGAGCAGGGCAUAGACAGAGCUUGGAGGAAUCAGGGCAGAGCAGUGGAAUAGAGAAAACAAAACAAACUCUUCUGAAAAGGGUUCUGCUAAAUAGACCUGGCUCCAGCUUUGUGAUCAUUCUGAAGAUCUGAAGAAAAUGCAGUUCUCCACUCCAGUUUCCAGUAUUGUGGUCGGGCUCGGAGUAGAUAUAAAUGAAUCUAGGCACGGAUCGGGAGCUCCAAUUCUUGGUUCGGGACCGUUCCUUCAGACUUCAGAGUACUCCCAAGCAAGGAGAACGCUCUUUGAGAGUAAACACUAAACAGACGUUAACAUAACCUCAACAUUUUAAAUUUUCUUGUUUUGAUUUUGAUUUCAAAUUCAAAUUAUAAAAUAAAAAUCUAAUCAUGGUGAUAGCUCUGGGAUUUGAAGGAAGUGCUAAUAAAUUAGGCGUGGGUGUUAUCAAAGAUGGGGUGGUUUUGUCAAAUCCAAGAGAAACUUUUAUUUCUCCACCAGGCGAAGGUUUCAUGCCCAAGGAAACUGCUGAACAUCACAGACAAAAAGUUUUGCAGGUCUUGAAAUUAGCGUUGGAACAAGCUAAAGUGACCCACUCAGAUAUCGAUGUCAUUUGCUAUACAAAAGGACCUGGAAUGGGUGCUCCAUUAGCUACAGUGGCCAUAGUUGCCAGAACUGUAGCCCAACUUUGGAACAAACCACUUCUGGGAGUAAAUCAUUGUAUUGGACAUAUUGAAAUGGGUAGACUAAUAACUGGUGCACAAAAUCCCACAGUCUUAUAUGUGAGUGGAGGAAAUACACAAAUUAUUGCGUAUGCAAGAAAAAGGUACAGAAUAUUUGGAGAGGCACUGGAUAUUGCUGUAGGAAAUUGUCUAGAUAGAUUUGCCAGGGUAUUGAAAAUUUCAAAUGAUCCCAGUCCUGGCUACAACAUUGAACAGUUGGCUAAAAAAGGUACAAAGUUUGUGGCUCUGCCAUAUUCUGUUAAAGGAAUGGAUGUUAGUUUUUCAGGAAUCCUAACUUAUCUUGAAGAAAGAACCACUUCCUUGCUAAAACAAGAUUACACCCAAGAAGACUUAUGCUAUUCACUACAAGAAACUGUUUUUGCCAUGUUAGUUGAAACCACUGAACGAGCCUUGGCUCACUGUAAUUCCAGUGAAGUCUUAAUAGUUGGUGGUGUAGGAUGCAACUUACGUCUGCAAGAAAUGAUGGCUGAAAUGUGCAAGGAACGCGGUGCCAAAUUGUUCGCAACCGAUGAAAGAUUUUGCAUUGAUAAUGGAGUGAUGAUCGCUCAGGCAGGUUAUGAAAUGUUCCAGUCUGGUACGAGAAUGAAAUGGGAAGAUGCUUACAUAACGCAAAGGUAUAGGACAGACGAAGUGGAGACUACGUGGAGGAAUGAUUAAAGGCUUCAAAAAUAUAUAAAUUAUAAGAAUCCAGAUCCUGAUAUGUUAAAAAACUAUAAACUUUACUUGAAAAAUCUAGUUAACUCUUCGUUAAAUAAUUGUUCAAUAUGAUUAUAUAUAAUUUAUUUUUUCAUUUUCUCAGUUUGCCUAACUGUCCUUUUUUAGUAGUGCCAAUAUAGACUUUUGGUAUUCUUCUUGGCGGAAGAGCAGUUGGUGUUAUUUGGGAUGAAUUACUACUGACUAUCUCAUCCAUAGAAAUGGAGUGGUCAUCUUUGGUUUUUGAAGAAGAUUGUUCCUUUGACUCAACCUGAAUGACAGGAUCUGAAAAUAUUCAAUCCCAAAUAAUAUUUAUAAUAAACACUGAAAUCUUUUUGAGGUUUUUGAAACCCGUAUAUUGAUCUUACCUGUAUUAGUUGUAUAACUAAACGAAUUAGGUUUCAGAUUGCUUGUGUGGCUAACAGGAUUAAGAAAGUCUUUUUUGUGUUGAUUGAUGGCCAUAUUCCCAAAUGUAGUGUUGUUUACUUUUUCCAACAAAUGAUUAUUUUCUAGAACUUGCUGAUGCUUAUCCAAUAAAUCAUAUUCACUGGCAAUUGCGACCUGAUUUUGUUUGUCAGUGUUAUAUUCAAGUUUAUCUUGUGAAUUAUUACUUUUGGUAAAAUUUGCAUGACUAUGAACAGGUUUAUUUAGAGUUGACUGUUGAUCUACAUAGUUUUUAUUAAAAUACAUCAUAUUUUUAUGUGUGUUUUUAUAUCGGUUUUGCUCCUAAUGGAAAAAAUAUGUUAUACAUUUACUAAUAUCAAAUUUAAUUUUACCAGUUGUGCUUUUAGAUUGUCCAACUCUUGUUUUAUAGUGUUUCCUUCAGUGAUUAGUCGAACAAUAUCGUUUCGUUUAUCCAUAAUUUGUCUUUCUAACUUGCUUCUCAUUUCGUAAAUUCUUGCAUUUUUAGUGGCGUUCUCCAAUGAAAUCUGUUUCCUAAGUUCUUGUUCUACAAUAAUACAAGUAUGAAAAAAGAAAUUUUCUGUUUUAGAUAUAGCUUGGACAUUUGUAUUUCCUAUAUACCUAUUUCAUUAUACUCAUUGUUUAUUUCUUCCAGCUGUUGGUUUACUUUAUUAAUAUCACCUUGAUACAUCAAUUUAAUUUUGUUGUCUCCAUCAUUCUGCUGUCUUUUAAACGUUUCCUUUUCUGCAAUCGACUGCAUGGACAAGAUAUCUAUAGAAUCUUUUAGUGAUUCAAAUUUUUGGCGGUUUAAUUCAACAUUUUCUAAAAAUAGUUAACCACCUGUUAAGCUGAAAUUUAUGAAAGAAAGCAACUUUUAGUCACUAGUUAAGUACCCGAAAGAGUUGCAUAGUUAUUCCUUAAGAAAUCACGUUCAACGUUAUCUUGCUCAUCUUGCUGAAUUAAGUUUAAAAAAAAAUCGUCCUGUUGUCCUACUAAUAAAUCUUCUUUCAUAACUUCUAGAUAUUCAUUUAUAAUACUCUCUUUAAGUCCAUUUUGUAGCGUUUUCUAUAAGCAAUUAAAAAUCCUAUACCUACUAGCGUAAACAUAAGAUAAAUUAACUUACUUUUAUUUUUUUUUCAAUGAUGUCCAUGUGCUUUCUGGAAGUUUUUUCCGGCGACGAUUCCAUUAUAGAAAAAUAUUCUUAGAAGGCAUAUACCAUAAAAUUUUGCGAUAUUUUGUUGUUGCUUAUUCAAAUAAAUUAAACUUAA